GCUAAUAUAUAAAAUUCAUAUUAUAUUCAAGUGGCUAUCAGGACUCAGUAGCUGAGUGGAUAUCGUGAUGGGGUUUCAAGUGAAUGGUACUGGGUUCAAGUCCCAGAGUGAGCAUUGACUCUGAGAUGCAGGUACAUCCAGCUGACGAGUCCCAAAUAGGAUGAAACGCGCGUCUAAACUGGAUUCCACUGCAAGCCACUAUCUAUCCUUGCUUACAAAAAGCUUGUGAAUUAAGGCAAUAUCGAGGCAUACGCACGGUAUGCACAUAUGCCAAUAAUAGACUGAUCAAUUGCAGUCUUAAACCUCAAUCGGAAGAUACGAGCCAAACAAUACCAAAUAUUGGGCAUCAUUACGUAAUUUGGUAUUAUCUUUAUUAAAUGCUAUGAGAAGUAUACUCAGUCUUCUAUUUCUACUUUUCUUAUUUAUGUUAAUAUUUGCUUUACUUGGAAUGCAAUUAUUUGGUGGAGAGUUUAAUUUUGAUGAUGGCAAACCAGGCCAAAAUUUUGAUACAUUUGUAAAAGCCUUAUUAACUGUAUUUCAAAUCUUAACUGGUGAAGAUUGGAAUAUGAUUAUGUACGAUGGUAUACGUUCUCAAGGUGGUGUAAAUAAUGGAGGAUUUGUAUAUUGUAUUUAUUUUGUAUUAUUAGUAUUGUUUGGCAACUAUACUUUGUUAAAUGUGUUUUUAGCUAUUGCUGUAGAUAAUUUAGCUAAUGCACAAGAAUUGACGGCAGCUGAAGAAGAGGAACAACGUUUAGCGGAUGAGUUAGCGGAACAACAAGAAGAUAAGGAAAAUCUAAAAAUCAAUUUAAAUCAACCACAAACUAUUGAGAUAAAUCAAAUCAAUGAUAGAAAAUAUUCCGGAUUAGAAGAAUUCGGAAAAUCUGUUACAGCACAAAUGGGAAAUAAAUAUUGUGAUAACUAUAGUACAAUGCAGAAAUUUCAAACAGAUAUUGAACUAGGUAGAGAGCAAGAAACACAAGCACAUCAAGAGUCUCAAACACAACAUCAAUUAUAUGGCAAGCCGAUGCUUCCUUACAGUUCAAUGUUUAUAUUUUCUUCAACAAAUCCUGUUCGUCGAUUUUGUCAUUUUGUAGUGAAUCUACGCUAUUUUGAUUUAUUCAUAAUGAUUGUUAUUGUAUCAAGUAGUCUUGCAUUAGCUGCUGAAGAUCCAGUCAGUGAAAAUAGUACACGAAAUUGUUUAUUAGAAUAUUUCGAUCACGCUUUUACAUGUGUAUUCGCUAUUGAAAUGUUAUUGAAGUUAAUUGAUCUCGGUGUAUUUCUACACCCAUAUUCUUAUUGUCGUGAUACGUGGAAUUUAUUGGAUGCUGCUGUAGUGAUCGGUGCGUUAAUAUCAUUUUUUCGUGCUUAUACUUUGAAAGGUAGAGCUGGACAUGGAAGUAGUAAAAAUUUGAGUACAAUAAAGUCGUUACGUGUACUUCGAGUGUUAAGACCAUUAAAAACCAUUCGUAGAGUACCGAAAUUAAAAGCGGUAUUCGAUUGUGUAGUUAGUUCAUUGAAAAAUUUUAUAUUCUCUAUUGUGGCAGUUCAAUUAUUUCAGGGGAAAUUUUUCUAUUGUAAUGAUUUAUCAAAACUUACAAAAGAAGAUUGUCAAGGUUAUUUCUUUUCAUAUGAUGAUGGUCUAGUACCUGUUGUGAAAGCUCGAGUAUGGAGUUCACGUGAUUUUCAUUAUGACAAUGUGAUCACAGCUAUGCUAACAUUAUUCACAGUGACAACUGGUGAAGGAUGGCCUGGAGUUUUAAAGAAUUCAAUGGAUGCUACAGAGGUGAAUCAUGGCCCAGUUGAAGACCAUAGUCAACAAAUGGCAAUUUUCUAUAUCAUAUUUUUCAUUGUAUUCCCAUUCUUUUUUGUCAAUAUUUUUGUAGCUUUAAUUAUUAUAACAUUUCAAGAACAAGGUGAAAAUGAAUUAGUCGAUCAUGAAUUGGAUAAAAAUCAAAAACAAUGUAUUGAAUUUGCAAUUAAUUCAAAACCUUUAUGUAGAUAUAUGCCUAGUAAUAUUGCAUCAACAAAAUAUCGAAUAUGGAGAUUAGUUGUAUCUAGUCCAUUUGAAUAUUAUAUUAUGACAAUGAUUGCAUUAAAUACUUUAAUUUUAAUGAUGAAAUAUUAUCGACCAGAUUAUACAGAUGCUAAUAUGGGCAUUCCUGACUGGGAAACACAAAAAUAUCAAAGUUAUUGUAGUACACUAGUUUAUUUGAAUACAGCAUUUACUGCGAUGUUUACAAUGGAAUGUUUAUUAAAAUUAAUUGCAUUUGGACCAAAAAGUUACUUUCGUGAUUCAUGGAAUACGUUUGAUUUUAUUACGGUAGUUGGUAGCAUAACCGAUGUACUUGUUUCUGAGCUACAAGAUUCAUCAUUUCUUAACUUGGGGUUUUUACGACUAUUUCGUGCAGCUCGUUUAAUCAAAUUAAUUAGACAAGGUUAUACAAUCAGAAUACUAUUAUGGACAUUUAUUCAAUCAUUUAAAGCACUACCCUAUGUUUGCCUACUUAUUACUAUGUUAUUCUUUAUUUAUGCUGUAGUAGGAAUGCAAAUAUUUGGCACGAUAGCUAUUAAUGAAGCUGAAGGACAAAUUACAAAUUACAAUAAUUUUCAUAGUUUCCCGUAUGCAGUUCUGUUAUUAUUUCGUUGUGCUACUGGUGAAUCAUGGCAAGAAAUAAUGCUUGCUUGUACCUAUGGACAAGAAUGUGUUAAUCGUGCAUCAAACAAUUGUGGAAGCAAUGCAUCUUAUACUUAUUUUGUAUCAUUUAAUUUCUUUUGCUCGUUUCUUAUGCUCAAUUUAUUUGUUGCUGUAAUUAUGGAUAAUUUUGAUUAUUUAACAAGAGAUUCAUCUAUACUGGGGUCACAUCAUUUAGAUGAAUUCAUACGUGUAUGGGCUGAAUAUGAUCCAGGUGCAAAGGGAAGAAUACAUUACACAGAAAUGUAUGAAAUGCUAAGAAAAUUAGAACCUCCAGUUGGAUUUGGUCAGAAUUGUCCAUACAGAUUAGCCUAUAAGAAACUAAUUCGUAUGAAUAUGCCAUUAGAUAGUGCAGGAACUGUACAUUUCACAACAACACUAUUUGCUUUAGUUCGAGAAUCAUUAGGUAUUAAAAUGGCUCCAGCUGAAUUUAUGGAUAUUAAAGAUGCUGAAUUACGUGAAACCAUUAAAACAUUAUGGCCGGUACAAGCGAAACGAUCAUUAGACUUAUUGUUACCACCAGAUUCAGAAUAUACAUUUACCCGUCUUACUGUUGGAAAAAUCUAUGCUGGAUUAUUGAUUUAUGAAAAUUGGCAAAUGAAUAAAUCCACUGGCAAUAAAAAGAAUUUACAUCAAUUGAAUACUAAACCUAUACUUGAAGCAUGCUUAACUCAAAUGUUAGGACAUGAUCCAUUUCAUCUUGCAAAUCGUCUACCAAACUGUAGUAAAGAACAUUCACGUUAUGGUAGUAAAGUGGAUCUUAGAUCCAUUAAUAAUAUGGAAAUAGAUCAUAUUCCUUUAGAAAAUAAUUACAAAGAGCAAACAUUGAAAUAUAAACAGCACGAAAAAGAACUUGUGGAGAAAUUAAAUCAAAUUAAACAAGAACAGUUAAAUAAUAAUAAUAAAUAUAUGAGAGAAAUAUCGAAAACCACUAGCGAAAUGACUAGAACUACUAAUACUGUCAAUAAUGAUAAUAUUAAUAAUAAUACCAGACAAAUCUUUCCAAUUAUUAUCACAUCACCUGAAGAAGAGAAAUAUGAUAAGACAUCUCCCACUGAACAAGAUUAUAUUCAUAAAAAUUUAGGUAUUAUCAAUGCAGUUAAUAAUAAUAAUAAUGACGACGACGAUGAUGAUGAUGAGAGAGAUGAUGUACAAAAUGUAGAUAAUUAUCUAUCACGAAAAUCAAUUCAUUCUUUCUCUACUACAACUAGUACAGAUUAUACAUAUUAUCCUAAUGCACAUUCAAAUUACAACCAGAAACCACAAAAUACAUCACAAGAUCAAUAUAACUCUCAUAUGAAUAAAAUUAAAGUAUAUACAAAUAUGCCAGAUGCAGCAAUCAGUCAACAUAAUAACGAUAAUAAUUAUUAUAAUCAUAAGAAUAAAGUUUCUGAUGCAAAUCAAAGGUUAACAUUUUAUCCUCAUCCCCCAGAAACAGAUAAUCAAUAUUUAGUACCAAAUCAUAUGUAUGAUAAACUUUAUAAACUCAAUGAAGACUUUUCAGGUAAAAGUAGGAGAGAAACAGAAGAAAGAAAAAGGGGAGGAUUUUAUAGAAAAUGUACAUACAAUACAUAUCAGCAACGUACAAAUCAGGCACAUUUAGAUUUCGCAGACGCAGUUCAUACGUUGGUAAAACAAGCCAAUGUUAUGGCCAAAAGAAAUAGAAUCAACAAAUACUUACGAAAAAGUGCAAAAGAUGUUGACUGGGAUACACUUUCAUUUCAUAGAGUUAAUAUGAGUCCAAGAUCAUUUGAUCGCAAUACACGAUAUUAUGGCAACAGUAUAUCAAGUCAUCAUAAACGCAAAAGAGUUUUGUAUGAUGAAAACCAUAAUGGCUAUAAAAGCUUUUACUUAAAUUUGCCAAAUAAUUACCCAUCAGUUUUGUACGACAUGCCACAGUGUAGUUCAACAAGAGAUGAUGAAACAGAUGAAAAUAAUUCAUUUAACGAAGGAUUUCGUAUAAUUGAUUUAGAACAUCAUCAAGAUAGUCCAACAGUUUAUGAUGAAGCAUAUGAUCAAUCCUAUGCAACGCAAAUCGAAAGAUCUGCAUCAAUUCAUGAAAUACGUCAAAAAAGUGAAAAUAAGACUAACAAUGAAUACAAUAUACAAAAACCCCAAAAUGCAUUAUAUCAUUCAUUACACAUGAUUCCAUGUGAAUCCAAAAUUAAAUCUUAUGUUCAAAGUGAACAAGAUUUAAAUCUUGCCACUAGCCAUCUGAAUCAUAUCAAUCCGUCCAAUAGAUCAGACCAAAUGAUCGAAAUGAAGGAAAGUGAAAUUCAAUUUCCUCGUUUACUUAAAUCGCCAACAACCAGUGAUGAUUUUGACUCAAUAUACUACCCUAUAAAACAUCACAGAACAGGUUCACUAACUUUUUACUCAUGUCCACCACAUGAAACCGAUUCUCACUGUUCCAUGGAUCCAAGUGCUAGUGCUUUUGUUAAGCAUUCAUAAUAAAAGUACAAUGUGUAUAAAAAAUUUAUUAUGGAAAAUAACUUAUUUCAUACAUUUAGAAUAGGAAGGAAGGGCAAUAAAAGAAAGUAUAAAACGUGUCCAUCGAGCAAACGAUAUAUAUGGAGAGUCGUAAACUGGCGAGUUUUGUGCUUAGAUGAUCUCGCCAAGUGUUAGUCAUUAUGAAAAUCAUAAGGACACUAAGAUUACAAGAAAUCAUUCUCCUUGAAUAGUUUACAGUAUAAAAAUAAAUAUUCAGGAAGAGAUAUUUAUUACUUUGAUAUGACUACUCAAGUGUGAAUUUAAAAUUUAAACCAAGGUUUAACCCAGGACAGUUAAGUUAUAAAGCAACCAUGACGCUAAUUAACUAGUUAUUAGGUUAGAAAUCCAGUGGUACAUGCUUUCUAACUUCGGUUAAUUUGUGAUAGAAUGCAAACAUGCAACUUGAUUUUGUAAUUUACAUCAAGGAUUAACCUUAGUUGAGUAACUCCUGGAAGCUAGAAAGCAAUAAACAGCUGCUCCAUUCUGGUAUAGGACUCCUCAGCAGUUUGGAUUCAUAGUCCCACGGGGAUCGAACCUUGAAUAGACAUGCAAAAUCGCUAAUUGAUUGACGUUAGUGAUUCGAACCACUGAAUAUCAACUCAGUAAUCUAAAGAUUAAAUGCUCGUUGCGAGACCUGAGGGUUUUGGUUCAAUCUGUAAAGGAUUUGUGGAUGAGAACUUCUGAGUCCAAUACUAUGACGAAACAGCUGUACACUGGCUCCUCGGAUAACUGCAGUCAUUUCGUGACAUAAACUUUUAAACUCGACAAUCUACAGAAACCUAUAAAUAAUUUAAUCACAUUCUUUUCAUACAAAACGUCAUAACGCAGGUUGAUUUACAAGUUGCUUAGAACACAAUCAGCCCGUCAUAUGACUAGUUUACGAUAAUCUACGAUAACCUGUUACCGUUAUGACUUCACUAAAACUAAAACUUUAUAACAGUACUAGAAAUCAAUAUAAUUACAGUCGUAGUAAUAGUUCCAAUUUUCUGAAAGUGUGAACGAAAUUUAGAAAGAAAUUAAAACCUUCAGAUGAUGAUUAACCCUGUUCCUGAAAAUUCUGUCUUCAGGGAAAUUUUCAGAAAUACAAAAUCAUUCUGCGAUAUUCAUUAAGAAUAAUAUUACGCAUUAUCUUUUGGCAAAUACUUGGUGUAUAAUGACCAUCUAA